UGCCUGGCUAGCCAGGCCAACCAGGCUUCCUGGCUGGUGGACUGGUGUGUGAUGGUGUGAAUGUUGUUGCAUGGAGGAAUUGUAAACAUGGAUGAUUUUAAACAUAAUAAGUAUUGUGAUGGAUCAGAAAUAUUGAAUAUUCAGACCUUUCCUCUUGAAUUAUUAGCACAUGUGUUCAAGUUACUAAGUGGUUCAGAUCUUGCAAGUGUUGCUCAAGUAUGUAAACGCUUUUAUGAGGUGUCGAAUGUUGAAACUGUGUGGCAGACAUUGUGUCUCAGAGAAUACAAAUUUACAUCGGAAGAUUUCAACACAUGGAAUACAAGUUAUAAAAUCAUUUAUACUAAAGUUCUUAGAAAAUAUGGAAAUUUGAUUGGAACCUGGCAACCAAAGAUCAAUCCAUAUGGAGGGCUUCUAUCAAUCAAGUUUGAUAAAGGAGCCAUAAUAGGAACCCAGUACUUUGCACCCCCAGACCCUAAUGUUUGUGAUCCUCUCAGAAAGAAAAAGGUCUUCAAAAUCACAGUGGAUGAUGACAACAUCACAAGGCUUUUAUGCCUAAAAGGCAAACCCAGCAAUGUGCACCCAUUCCUUUUCACGCCUGGUGGAAGUAUGGAUGACUUUUCCUUUAAAUGCUGUAAACCAGAUAGACACAGGAAGGGCUCAAAUAAACAAGAGGAACUGCAGCAAUGGAUUCAUGAAGAGCUAGGCAUUGACAUUUUACCAUGUGCAGUUGAUUACAGACUUGAACUUCUCAGGAUACAAUUUUUCAUUAAUAUGCAGUUUGAUGCUUCAUGUAACUUCAGACGGCUGCAUAUUCCAACAGGGAAGGAGGCUAACCAGCCAGUUCAACCGGGUCUUUACAAAGGAACAUACGGAGGUCACGGAAUUGAAUUGGUGAUGGUCUCCUACCAUGGCAACAACUUACAUGGCGUCAAAGUGACGGGAGAUCCUAACGUACCAGCAGACCAGCUAAGCAUUCAAGCUCACAUGAACGAGCCCAUGGUACUGAACACAAGCGAUCAGCAUUCUUUGUCUGAACUGGAAGCACUGUCCAAAGAUAAUGUACUCUUGCCAAGUGACCAGAGGAAAGCUAGGCAACCGUUUAUUGUCCCUAGAGACGUGAUGGAUAGAGGAAUGUCAAAGGUUAGCGAAAGGAUAGAUUUGACGCAUUGUAUAGGAAGGUACUUUGCUACAGGCUUGAUUGCGAUGGACGGCUUUAAGAACCCUUCCCGCACACCUUCUCACUUUAUCGUAUUCAACGAAAACAUGUUCGCAAUGCUUUGGAUAGAGCUUCAUUCCAUUAGUUUGUACUGUAGAGUGGAAGAGGAGUUAAUGUGAAUGUGUGAUUGUAUCUAUUUAAUAUUGUUUCCAUUGCAAUUGGUUAAAAUCAUAGCAGAAUGUUGAUUUAGUCAACUAAUUAGUUGUACAGUAAACCAAUAAAUUCUAUAAUAACGUAUAACUUAUUGUAUACAAAUAUCAAUUUAAUAUUAUUAAAUAAUUUUUUUCUAUUAAUACCUAUUUAUAAUAUAUAUAUAGUAAAUAAUAAUGCUAUAUUAAUAAUAUAUUCUGUUGGUAGCUGAAUUUGAGUCAGUAGGCCGAAACAUUUUAAUUUAAAAUAAUUAUUUUUUGUUGGUAUUACCAAUAAUAUUAUAUAAUUUGAAUUGAUCAAAUUUAGAGUAAUAUAUACUAUUGCAGAAGUGAAGGAAAGUUAUGCGACGCACAAAUAUAUAAACAGUGACAGAAAAAGUUUCAUCAUCGACCAUGUCAAAUGGCCAAGCGGUGGAAGCAGAGGCACUGCAACCUAUAGCCCUAAUGGGGAGCCUGUGAUUGGACUUAGAACGUAAUGACAUCACUAAGAAAUCAUCUGUGCAUGUGAGAAGAUUGAGUUCUUGUCGCAUCUGCGUUUUGCAGAGAACAGAGGAUGUUCAUGAAUAUUUGAAUCCGUUCUAGCAGUACGGUGUGGGACAAAUCCAAAUCACCGUAUUAUUGGCAUAUGGGUCUGGUAGGAUCCUCUCAAAUGAAGGAGAUGAAGACUGUAUUCUGUAGGCUCAGACUACACAAUUGGCUCAUGUACACUAUAAAGUAUAUCUUUCAAAAUGAGUAGGGGGUUACUCUGGGGUACUGGUCCAUACAGCCCCUUGUGUGGACAGACAAGAGAAGUUGGCACUGCUCAGAUACCAAGUGACCCUUAAUGGAAAAGGAAUUACUGUACGAAUUAGCCUACACCUUGAGCACUUAUAGAUUUUGGUAUAAACCGCUAUAUAAAUCUAACUACAUUACACACAGUACAUUACAUACAACUUGAGCUUAAACUUAAUCUAAUGUAUAAAUAUUGCUUUUUUAUUAAAGAGUAACAUAGGCAUUCUGUAAAUAGGAUGAAUUAUUUGGUAUUUUAGAGCUAUGUAAUUACAUAUAUAUUUUUAAAAUACAUAUUUUCAUAACGGCUCAUUAAGACUUAGAUUGAGAUUUGCAUCUAUAUGUUGGUAAAUCAAAAUUUAUUUUAAUAAAUUUAUCAAUUUUUGUAAAGAAUUUGUGAAACUAACUGUUUUGCUGUUUUUCCACAAUGGACAGCUUCUUCAGAAUAGAUUGAAGUCAUCAGUAUGAUCCUCUCAUUAGACAGAACUGGCCUGUAGUGGAACCAUCAAUGUUACUUUCACAAAUUUUUGCUUUGAAAAAAAAAAUUAACUAUUAAACGUCUUAAUGCUUAAUGUUCACAAACCAGAUGAAUAUUUUUCAACUAGGUAAAGAACUUUUAUUAAAACUUGGAUCAAUGUUUUUUUGAUGUUUGUGAACUGAUUGUCAUUUUAAUUUAAAGAUGGAUUUUUAUUAUUUGUGGCACCACAAAUGUAUAUUAAGUUAUUUUUUGUAGGGAUACAAUAUUUAUAAUUUUAUUUAUGUAUGUCUUGCAUCUAUGUCUUUGUUAAGCAAAUGCUUAUACUAAACAAAAAUUUUAUUAACAAUAUUUUUAUUGUUCAUAUUCCAUGCUUUAGUGUAUCAGAUUUUUAUUCCUGGUCGUAUUUUUGAUAUUGCAUGCGAUAUUCAUUCAUUUAUGGUUCAGCAAAUUAAUAUUUUAGUGCGAGUGCUGUCUGAAGGCGGAGAAUCCAAGCUUGUCCACAGGGGAAUUCCCCUUCCCAACAGCAUGUUUGUGACUGCUAUUGGCCCUCCACGGCUCUACUCUCAUUUUUUUUCAAGUGUACAUUUUAUGUCUGUUGCAUAUUGUAUGAUACAUCUGAUAGGGUCUUCAAAAUAAAGAACAGAAAUCAGUCAUGUUCAAUUAAAAAAUAAUUUAUUACAAAUUUUGUUUUCAUUCAAUGAAUGAAAUGUAUGAAAAUAUAAUAUUCAAAAUGAAAAACUAUUCAAUAGCAGCUAACUUCUUCCGUUACAAGCCAGUAUAAACACUAUUUGUCGUAAAAACACCAAUAUAAUAUUUUUAUCUGUUUAAAAAAGUUGUUAAAUAAUUUCAUGUUAAUAACAAUUGAACUGAGUUGUGAUUAUACAGUUGCACCAUUUGAUUUAUUACCUCCGCCAAGGAGGUUAUGUAUUCACUGCUGUCUCUUAGCAAGUUUAUGCAGAAACAGAUGAAUGGAAUGAUAUGUAAUAAUCAAAGAAAGACAACAUUCAAUUUUCAGAAGGAAAGGUCAAAGUCACAGAAAUUCAAUUUUUACCAUCGAGCAUAAGAGAAAAUAAUGUAAUCGCCCUUGUAUUCGGGCAGCACUAAAAAAAAAACAAUGUGCCUGAAUACGACAGGUGAUUCCAUUAUUUUCUUGAAGUUAUGCUGCAAUUUCGCCCAUUAUUUGUGUUGUUGGUACUAUAUUCAAGUAUAGGGCGAGGUAUGCACUGUAUAGAGUGAUUGCUUAAGUAUAUUUAUUACACUAGUAUUCUAUAUAAUAACAUGGCUCAAUAUUAUUAUAAAACACUGUAGCAGUAACAGCUAGAUCUGCUGAAAAGGGGAACGGGGAUCGUGGAUCGUAUCAUAGUUCCUUUAAAGUAACUCUUUUAUGAUAUUGCCUCUCUGUAUGGCGUGUGUUACUAUUAGCUCGCAUGGGUAUAACUCUCUUUACUUUUUUCUCUUUCUUUCUCUUUCCCCUGGAUAUGUAGAGUUUUUGUAGCAUUGCCGCCAUUUUAUCAGCUUGUUCUUGACCAUAUUCUUGACUCCAACGAUUCACAUGCCUUAUUGCUUCAGAUGGAAGCUGUCCUUUGGCCUUCUUAUCUACAUCCUAAAAAAUCGAAUUAAGGUUUGAAUUAAACACAGGUAUAUUAAAUAAAAUGUUAAAUAUCCUAUUAAGUUAUAUAUGUAUUUAAAAAAUUUGUUUAAUUCCAAUUAUUAAAUUAUGUAUGACAAUAAUGACAUCUCGUUACUUAUUUAAGAGUUUGAAAGUCCAACUUGCAAUUGAAAAAUUACAGCUGGUAGAGCAUAAGUGAAGUUAGUUGAACACAAAUAUUGGGGGAAUCGGAAGAGAAAAUAAAAUGCUAGUACUGUAGUGAAAUAAUGAGAAUAUGACUGAGACUAACACUAGAACAAUUUAUUUUUCAAAUGAGAGUAUUAUACCAAAACUGUUUUAUAAACAUGCUUGAAUAGUGGUAUUAA